AUGGCUACGCUGAGCAGGAAAAGGGUCUACCUCCUGCACCUCUUCUUCGUUUUCUGGAUUGGGGACUUCGUUAGCCCCUGCCAAUCCAUUGAGAUUGGUAGCGGAGCUGCCUUUACGCUCCAAGUGGCCUCUCAGAUGGCAUCUGAAGCGGCAACUGCAGCGCUGGACAGCUAUUGGGCCUCGGAGGGCGACUAUGAUGAGCCCUACAACGACGUCGACCCCGACGGCACCUACUGGCAUGAUGACCAGACCUACGCGGACGAGAUCUACUGGCAAGAUGAUCACUGGGACUCCAUCGGCGACGAAAACGGCGAGACGGACGACUGGGACCACCACGAGGCCUACUACGGUGAAUACCUGCUGUCGCUCGUCGAGAGCUACGACGACUACAGGUCAGGCCUUCCUGAACCAGCGUUCGAGUACGUGCUGACCAACGAGCCGGACCUCGAGUACGGCGUCUCCCUGAAGGAGUUCCUUACGGCUGAAAACCUGGACGUGAACAUGGUGGCUAACGACACGGAUGUCUCGCCCCCUCCUCAAGACUUACCAUCACAUCGUCUGAAGCCCAACCAGCUGUGGACUCUUCAGGUUCACCUGAAGCAGCACAUCGACAAGACUGAGAUCAAAGUCGAUCAAGCCUUGGCUGCCAUGGAACGACCCCGACCACGUCUGGUGUGGGAAGUCUUUGCCGGCAAGGCCGCCAUCUCUCACCAUGUACAAGCUGCCGGCGGUCAGACAGAAGUCUUCGGGCUCCACACCGGGUGGGACUUCCGCAUCAAAUCGCACCAGGACGCCUUCAUGGAUUACCUCCAUCAGGAGAUGCCGGACGAGGUGUUUCUGGCACCCAUUUGCGGACCAUGGUCGCCCAUGCAGAAUAUCAACUCCCGAACUCCUGAGCAGCGUGAAAAACUACGUGCUCUACGUCAAUGGCACCACGACACCUUUUUGCUCUUUGUCAAGAAGGUCUACCUGGCACAAGUUCGAGAUGGAAGACAUGCACACGUGGAGCAGCCUCUCAGCGCCAAGUCCUGGAAGACUCGAGCCCUACGGUCUCUUCCUGGUCUGUGGUGCACCUUCGAUCAAUGUGCUUACAACAGCAUCUGUCCGGAUGCUGAUGGCGAAUGGCUCCUGGUCAAGAAGCCUACGGCCUUGCUCACCACCAAGAUGGCUAUGGCAACCGCAAUGUGUCACCGGUGUUCAGGAGACCACAUGCACUGCAGGCUGGAGGGCUAUCUCAAAGACUACGGCAUCUCCCGCACCGCCUUCAUGGAAGACUACCAGCCCGAGAUGGCCGGUCAUAUGUCAGCAGCCCUCAUGGUCCCGGAACCGGCACAGCCCCAGUCAUGGAUCUUUGCCGCUGAUGAUGUGGCAGAGCCUGGAGGUGUUCUACAACGUCUCUUCACCAACCACAAGGAGGAGGCAGUGCGCACAGUUCAACGCCUUCAUCGAAAUCUUGGGCAUCCUGCACCUGACACCCUGGUUGCUGUCCUUCGACAGCGUGGAGCCUCUGGUACUGUCCUGGAUGUGGCACAUGAGUACCGAUGUCCAGCAUGUGCGCACUAUGUACGACCACCACGACCAUCCCCUGCACAGCUCUCACAGUCAACCAACUUCAACGACGUGGUACAAGCCGAUGUCAUGUGGCUGAAGCCCGAUCCCAACAAGGAUGACAAGUACCCGAUCAUCAGCAUGGUCUGCACUGCGACACGCUACAUGGUCGCGCGCCUGAUUCGGCACGAGCAGACCACAGACUUCAUCUCCUCCCUGGAGAAGAGCUGGAUCCGACACUUCGGUCCGAUGCAGGUCCUCAUGAUCGACGAACAUCGUGCAUGGUCUAGUGACGCCAUGUCGAGCUGGGCCCGAGACAAUGGUAUCAGCCUGGUCAUCUCCCCCGGAGAGGCCCAUACGCGGCUUGGAGUGGUCGAGCGGCGACAUCAACUGCUUCGCCGUGCUGUUGAGAUCUAUCUUGCGGAUCAUCAGGAUCACUCUCGUGAUGCGGUUCGUAAAGCCUUGGACUAUAUGGUCCCGCAGAUCAAUGCUCUUCCGAAUGUGCACGGGUACUCGCCAGCCCAGUGGGUUCUCGGCAAGCAACCCAAACUGCCUGGCGAGCUCACUGAGGACGGCCUUAAUCCCGGACACCUUCAACCUGGUGACUUCGAGGAUGUUCUCGCCCAGCGGGCUGCCGCGAAGUAUGCCCUGAUCCGUGCCGACACCGACACCAAGCUGCGUCGAGCCCUUCUGCGUCGCUAUUCUGGCCACAACAAGACCCUGGAAGUCGGACAGAGCUGCUACUACUGGCGUGAUGCUCGGGCCUCCGAUCUUGUCAAGAUCAGAUGGCGCGGGCCUGCGGUUGUGGCUAUGCGAGAAGACGAUCAGCAAGGCAAACCUACCGUCUACUGGUUGGUUCAUGGCACCAACUUGCUUCGUGCUGCCCCUCAUCAUGUCAAGCCCGUGCUUGGUGACCUGGAUCAGCUCUCCGGCAUGAACCAUGCUCUUGAUGCACUACGCAAUCUCCGUGGCCGGGGAGUGACCCGAUUCUGGGAUUUGCAGCAACUCAACCAAGGACGUCGAAUCGAAGAAGUCGGCUCCGACGAGGAGGCUAUGGAUGAUCUCAAUGACCAGUCUCUCGACAUGUCUGGAGAGGAAGUGUCAGAGCUCUUGGACGAAGACCUUAGGACCUCCGUGGUCAGCGAAUCACACUAUGGCGUCUACCUGAUGGUUCCCAAGAACUGGGACGGCUUCACCAUUUUCACCUUUGACAAGGCCAAGGUCCGGGACAUCAAGAAGAAGGUCGAACCACUUCGUGUACACCUUGCAACCGAUGGUCGUCGAGUUGCCAAAGCCUAUGUCGCUGCAGCUGAUCGACAAGUCCGCCGGGGCGCCAAGGACAAGAACAACCUGUCGGAGCGCUACAUGACCCUUGAGGAUCGCAUGCAGUUCCUGGAAGCCAAACGGAAGGAGCUUUCGUCCUUCUUCGAAAACAAUGUGUGGCAGUUCGACAAUGUGAAGUCGGCCGAUCCUGCACGCACUCUUACCGCCCGGAUCCUCCUCAAGUGGAGCAAGAAUGCCGACGGCAGCAGACGAGCCAAGGCCCGCCUGAUCGUUCGUGGCUAUGCCGACCCCGAUGCCCUGCAAGGUCUGCCACAGGACCGGAAACUCUGGCUGAAGCUGCCUGCCGACGCCCUGGCAUUGCUGGGCGCUGAUAUGGACACCAGGAUGCUCCUGAUGAAGCCGUGCUAUGGUCAGAUUGAUGCGCCGAGGAGAUGGUUCCUGGAAGCCACCCGACGUCUCCGUCAUGCAGGGUGGCGACAACAUGUACUAGAUCCUUGCCUCUUUAUGCUCUACCCCAACCUGUCGGAUCAGACCUACAACAAGGAUACCGAGAACGGCAACGUCGAAAACAACACUGGCAUCCUUGAGCCGUGUGGCAUUGUCUGCCUUCAUGUAGAUGAUCUACUUGGCUCCGGAGACCCACAAUCGGAGACCUACCAGGCCGCCGAGGUCAAGCUCAAGGAGAUCUUCAACUUCCGGGAGUUCAACAGUGACAAGUCCACACUCCAGUACUGUGGUGCUGAGCUCAAGCAGGUCAACGACGUCUGGCACCUCGGGCACCACGACUACCUCCAUCGUAUCAAGCCGAUCACCCAGAACAAGGCCAGCAACUCCAUUCAGAAGUUGGACCCGUCCGGAGUCUCUCAACUCCGUGGAUUGGUUGGUGCGCUACAGUGGCCGGCUGUUCAGUCCAGCCCGCAUAUACAAUGCUCGGCCUCGAUUCUCUCCGGCGAGGUCGGAACUGGCACCAACAUGACGAUCAACGAGGCAAACCGCGCGUUGAAGUUUGCCAAGGACAACUCUGAUGUCACGUUGCAGUACCGGCACAUUGGCAAUCUGGCAGACCUGCGCCUGGUCACUAUGACAGACGCGGGAUUCGCUUCCCGAUCCGAUGGUAGCUCCCAAGGUGGCUACAUCACCCUGCUGGUCAACGCCGCCUGCUUUGACGGCAACGAGCUCCCCUACAUGGUUUUGGACUGGCGCUCGUACAAGCUACCUCGUGUGUGUCGCAGCAGUCUGGCUGCGGAAGCUCAGGCGGCUGGUCAAGCCGUGGACAGCAUGGAAAUGGUUGUUCGCGCCUGGGAGCACAUUUUCAACCCCAACGUGAAGCUCCGUGACCUCUUGGAAGUUCGCAGCAUGCUCAAACCAACUCUGAUCACCGACGCCAAGGCCCUAUAUGACAGCUACCAGCGCGAGCAGUUGGGCGGCAACACAGAUCGCCGCACAGGUUUGGAGAUCAUGGUCAUGAAGGAAAGGCUGCAAUCGUUCGGCGGACACCUCAGGUGGAUGAGCAGUGAGUUGCAGUAUGCCGACGGCCAGACCAAACUGUCCACCCGGCAACUUCUUGCAGACCGUUUGAGAUCACACCAGCUGAAGCUUUCGUGGGACCCCAGCUUCACCGCUGCCAAGCGCAAGAGCAAGGCCGAACGUCAACAAAACAUGCAGGAGGGAGCUAUUCCCAAACCACUCGCGCAGGGCGAUGUUAUGGUCUCUUUCUGCCAAGCCACCUACGUGGACAACCAGAAGAACACGCUUGUGGAACCCGAGGGCACGUUUGUCGAGCCCUACGCUGAGGUCAUGGACUAUGCCGUGAUCACCCUCCUCCUGAUGUUCGGAUGGUGUGUGGUUCGGAAUGCACUGAGCUGUUCUUGCUCCGGCCGAAACCAUACGGCCGUGACCGAUGCGGUCGUGCAAACCGAUCCCAUGCCCAUGGAUCCCGUGAUCACCACCCUGGAAAUGAACUUGGAAGAAGCCAACAGCAGCAACGAGCACCUCAUGGGUCAGAACUUUCGGAUGCAGACGCUACUCCGUGAGCUACAACAACGCGAAGUGCAGCCCACAGGCCCCAUUGUGCUCUCCCGCUACGGCAGUGUUUGGCAUGUGAACCGUGAGUGCCGACACCUCCGUGGUGUGAAUGUAGAGGUCCGCCGUGCGUGCAGGACCUGUGUGCCUCAGCCGACCGGCUGA